AUGUUAUAUAUAAUAUUUGCAGCUAUUUCAGGAUUAGUAGGUACUGCAUUAUCUUUUAUAAUUCGUAUGGAAUUAAGUAGUGGAGGACAAGUAUAUUUAAUGGGUAGUCAUGAUCAAUAUAAUGUUGUUAUUACUGCUCAUGGUUUAGUCAUGAUUUUCUUUAUGGUUAUGCCUGCUUUAAUUGGAGGUUUUGGUAAUUGGCUUGUACCUGUUAUGAUAGGUGCUGCAGAUAUGGCUUUUCCAAGAUUAAACAAUAUAAGUUUUUGGUUAUUACCACCUUCUUUAAUUUUAUAG